AAAUACCAAAAGAAUUUGCUUCUAAAUUUAGCAUUCUACUUAGUAUUUGGUCCAAUUUUUAUAUAUCUAUUCAUAAACGACGCUUUAAAAAUGGUUUUAUUAUUUAUUGCUUUCAGAAUGUUGAUCAUAUACUUGAGAAUAAGAUAAAAUUUCUAUUAAAAUAAAAAGAGAUUUCAAAAAGAUUGUAAAAAAGCUUUGGUUUUCUAAGGAUAAGCUUUUAUUAAAUGUAUUUAUGGAGGAAACAAAAAGAGCAAACCUAUGCUGUAUAUUUAAAAUAUGGGAAAAGAAGUUAAAAUUUUAGAUUUAUUUUAGAAUUCAUUCACUUAAAUAAAUAUCUCAUAGGGUAAAUUGCUUGAGCUCUAUAAAAAAUAAGGAAUUCUAGUUAUUUUCUAAGAUCAUUUUGUCACUAACAAGAUUUAUCUUUAUCAUAUCGGUCAUAAGAGAUUGAUUAAUCAAUUUAAUAUCAAGGCAGAUUAACUAGUACCAAAUGAUUAAGACAUGCUAGUCGCAACUAAAUAUACUUCUAGUUAUUUGACAAAUACAAUGAGUAUAGUAAAUCUUCUAGAUGGACAAGUUAUGUAUUUAUGUGAAUUAAUGUGCAAGAUUCAUUUAUUCAUUAAAUUUUAAGAAUGCUAUUACUUAUUUUUUACAGAAAAUGAUUAAUUGUAUGUUUGGAUUUUCAAUAAAAACUUUCUUUCAGGGUUUUAAAAAUGGUUUUAUGAUGAGUAAAAUUAAGGUGAAAACUUAGAGGAAUAAUAAAAUUCUAAUUAGCCAAACAGUGAAUUUUAAAUUGGACAAGAUUAGCAAAUCGAAUUAGUUAUCCCAGAAAGAAAUCAGAAUGAAAUAAAUGAGCAAAUAGUUUUUAACAAUAUCCAAAAUAAUAUAAAUUCUUUUGAAUAAUAUAAAUAACAUCAAAAAUUUAACUUGCCUAACAAUCUAAAAAUAGAUGAAGAAAAUUAAUAUAAUUAAGUGGAGUGGAAUUAGUCUAAAGAUGAUAAAAAUCUAGAAAAAAACAUUUUCAUUAAAGAUUAAAUGACAGAUUCGAAUAUUGAUACAGAUUUGAUAAACCAGUAAUAAAAUUAAGUUUAAGAUGAUUAUUCUUUAAUUCAAUAAGAGAACAAAGGAAAUAUCGAUUCUAUUAAAUCAAUAAAUCAAAAGUUGCAUAUUUGCAGCAGUAAUCCUAAUCUAACGAUAGAAAUAGUCAGAUUAAGUGAUAAAUUAGUACUAAUCAACAAAGGUAUUUAAUAACUUUACUUUGAUCUUGGUUGCUAAGAAGUUGUUAAGAAGUAGUCAGAUUUUCUACUAGAUGUAAGAAUUAAAAAAAUUUAAAAUUGUGAAGGGGGCUAUUCUGUAUCUAAUGAUUUAUUUAAUGAAUAUUACAAUUAUGAGUCAAAAAUAUAUUAAAGCUAAGGCUAUUUAUCUUUUGCAAUUGCAAACAAUGAAUUUACUUCUCUACUUUAUGGUGAAAGAGUUUUUAGGUAUUACUAGCUGUAAGAAGAUACCUGCAUUUUUAAAAAAAGAUUAAGAUGA